AUGACUGCCGCCGCCUCUACCCCACUUCUGCCUCUGCCUCCGCCAUCGCCUCCUCUCAUUCCCAAUACUCUGACCGUCUACCGUAAUCGAGACCUUCGAAUCCGAAACCAUGCCCAUCCUUCUGCGUCUGGCCCUCAUCGCCCUCCUCCACGCAUUCCGCCCCGCUUGCGCUCGUGCCACAGCAUCCGUGGGCCUUUUCUGUGGAAUCAAGAUUCAUCUCUGCGCAAGGGGUCGAUAUCGUGCAUCUACUCCAAAGGGAAGAUAAUGGGCAGCGAUAGCCACGUCGAGCACGUCGAGCAUUUCUCCUGUCUUCCUCUCGGCAGUUCCCGCUUAGCGGUAUUUCGGUUACCGUCAUACAAGGAGUGUGUCAGUCAGCCCUGGUCAGGAGAUAAGGGCGGAGACGAGGUCGAAAAGGAGGUUGAAGGCGCAGCCAACCGGAAAGAGGACCUAGAGAGGAAUGGGGAUCAGAGUAGCAAGCGAGAUGGGAGGAAGGCCACAAAGGGGGAUACAGACGUACCCUCGAUAGGUCCACUGCUAUCGCACCCCAUUGAUUCGUGA